AACCCGUAUCUUUGAAUUCUCAUUUAAUCACUCUUUCUUUCAUUUUUAGUUCACAGUCCAGAUCAGUGACAACUCAAAAGCGACACAGAUUUAGCAAAAAUGCUGUAAAGAAAUUAACCCAAAAAGAAGAAAAGAAGUUUAAAGAGAAGUGAAUGGAAAGAUGGAGAAAGCAAAAGAAAAGCAAAGCUACAAAACAGGGAGGCUGCAGAGUGCAGAGGGAAUUAUUAGCUUCUUUAUAUAAAUAUAUAAAUAUAUUAUAUUAUAUUAUAUAUAUUUUAAAUUCAGCAUUUUUCUCGUACUUUAUUGCAUAGGUUUCUGUUAUAAAUAUGGAACAGUGAAUGAACAUACGCCUGAGUAGGAGUGUAUUGUUUCGAGGUCUACUCUUCUGUCAUUGGAAAGCGGCAAUUUUCUCGGAAAGUCUUAUCGGGAUUUCUUGUUUCCUGAGAAAAUCUCCUGUCGGAGGGUAUUCCAAUGGAAAAUGCUAGACUCUUGGCACAUUUUAGUUUCUCCAUAACCCCAUCAGUUCUGGGUUUUAAUUUUUUACUGAAGUAUGCCAAUGUGUGAGGAUUUAGGAUUGAAUCUUUUAUUUCUUGUUCAUUUAGUGAGUUUUGUCUGAAGCUCCUUGGAAAGCUCUGGAAAAUCAUGCUGGUACUUUGUAUUCAUUCAGCUAACGUCCACUGAAAAGAGCUGAAGAUUUGUAUGGAGGUCUUGACAGGGUAGAUCAAAUUCCAAACAUAGACCCCUGAGAUUUCCAUGCACAGGGGCUCUGGAAACCCUAGGAUUCAAUAUAUUUUAGCUAAUUGUCAGGGUUUCGGAGUCCUUUCAAAGUCCCAAAACCGCCACCGAGCUCUUUUCCACAAUUUCUGUUUCUCAAUUUUGUAAGUAUUGCUUCGAAUUUCAGUUUCCUGUGUUUUAACCAGUAACUUAAGUCAGAGAAUCCAUCACAGAUACACUCUCACUAACCUUUUCAGCAUGCAUUAAACUCUCUCCCAUACAUUUGUCAUCCCGAUUUUUCCUUUUUUCGUUCUCUUGUUUCUUGUUUUCACCUUUCCGGGCUCUAUAAAUCCCCAGCCGGCUUCACUGCCUUGCAUUCACUCCAAACAAGCUCUCAUAGCAGUUGUUUUGUCGAUGAGGAACUUGUUCGUGCUAUCUCUGGCUUUAAAUGUCAGCUUGAUUCUGCGGACUAUGUACGAGAGGGAACAGAGCCAUCAUUGGCUCAGUUUCGAAACUCAGAAAGGACAAGCUGUCCAGAAGACGCGUUUGGCAUUGUCGUCCUCUUCCUCGUCCCCUGCAGCUACUACUCAAGUUGACACUCAAGAUGGCGGGGAGAAAAUUCUCAAUCUCGCCCGUGGUGAUCCAACCAUGUUUGAAAAAUACUGGCAACAAAUGGGUGACAAAGCCACGGUGGUGAUCCCGGGAUGGCAGCAUAUUAGCUACUUUUCUGAUGUGACCAACAUUUGCUGGUUUUUGGAGCCCAAGUUUGCCAAAGAGGUAGUAAGGGUACAUAAAGCUGUGGGAAAUGCUGUGACAGAAGAUCGUCACAUUGUUGUUGGUACAGGCUCAUCCCAGCUUUAUUUAGCUGCUCUAUUUGCUUUAUCUGCACAUGAUUUACCUGAACCAGUAAGUGUGGUAUCUGAAGCCCCCUUCUAUUCGUCCUACCCAUCCAUGACGGAUUGCCUCAAGUCGGGCCUAUACAAAUGGAUGGGAGAUGCACGGAGCUUCAAUAAAGAUGGGGCUUAUAUAGAACUUGUCACUUCCCCCAACAACCCUGAUGGUCAUAUUAGGAGAUCUGUGGUCAAUAAAAGUGAGGGGAUAUUGGUUCACGAUCUUGCCUACUACUGGCCACAGUAUACUCCAAUAUCUUCACCUGCAGACCAUGAUCUAAUGCUGUUCACUGUCUCCAAGAGUACCGGUCAUGCAGGGAUGCGGAUUGGUUGGGCUCUUGUUAAGGACCGAGAAAUAGCAAGGAGGAUGACCGAAUUCAUUGAGCUCAACACUAUAGGCGUUUCCAAGGAUUCGCAGCUCCGGGCUGCUAAGAUUCUCGAAGUCAUUUCUGAUAGCUCAGAACGUGCUGGCAGCUCUGAAGAAGGUGAAUCCUUCUUUGAGUUCAGCUACCACCUCAUGUCAGAGAGGUGGAAGCUGUUGAGAGAGGCGGUGGAACACAGCGGAAGUUUCAGUCUGCCCGAAUUUCAUCCUGGAUUCUGCACCUUCUUAAACCGGGUCUCGGAGCCUCAACCUGCGUUCGCUUGGAUGAAAUGUGAGAGAGAUAUAGAGGACUGCGAAAGCUUCUUGCAAGGCCACAAGAUCUUCACACGAGGAGGUGAGCACUUUGGGUUUGGAACAGAGUACGUGAGGAUAAGCAUGCUCGAUCGUGAUGACAAUUUCCAUCUUCUUGUGAAAAGGCUGUCCGCGAUCCACAUUUGAACCCUUGUAACAAAGCUAAGCAGGAGGAAAUUUGGGAAGAAAAGAGGGAAGAGGAGGAGGGGGGGUGUUGGUUUCAAUAAGCAAUUCAUGUACAUUAUAAAUAUAUAUGAGCAAUGCAAAUAGUAUUUUUCUAUA